AUGGAGAACGGCUCUUCUUCAGAGGGAAAGGACCCAUCCGCCUUCUUGAGUGAGAUCAUCGGAGCCCCAGUCAUUGUGAAGCUAAACUCCGGCGUCGUCUACAAGGGCGAACUGCAGUCCGUUGACGGUUACAUGAACAUCGCUCUCGAAAAGACCGAGGAGUUCGUGAAUGGCAAGCUUCGUCGCAAUUACGGCGAUGCCUUUGUGCGGGGAAACAAUGUGCUCUACAUCUCCGCGAACUGA